AUGGAGGACUCAGCGCCAGCGUCGUUGUCCUCCAGCCGACGGCGCUCGGAGCCGGAAAUGACACAAGUGACGACAUUCAACACUGCUCGUCAUCAUGACCGACAACCAGCACAAGAAUCAGAACAAUCAGAUCAUUCACAAGCGGACUACAAUCAAGAUGACCCCUACGGCAACUUCCAAGUCCGUCGCGCCAUUCGAACCAUGAACGCCGCCUUUGACUGGACAGGCCCCAACGACCCAGACAACCCACGCAAUUUCCCAUUAUCAAUCCGCCUAUUCAGCACCAUCGCCAUCACGGGUCUCGCCUUCGUCGCAACCGUCGCUGGAGCCAUGUACGCACCAGCCCAAGAAGACGUAUCUGCCAAAUUCAACUGCAGCCCGGAGCUGGCUGUUCUCCCUCUGUCCAUGUACAACCUAGGCCUUGCAUUCGGGCCCAUGGUCGGCGCUCCAUUAUCUGAGACAUACGGCCGGAAAGCCGUGUUUCUCGUCACCGGGCCCAUCUUUGCUGCCUUCAUGACCGGUUCGGGGUUCAGCAACUCCCUGGCCAGUCUUACGGCGUGCCGUUUCUUCGCAGGCAUGUUCUCCUCGUCGCUUAUCAACAAUGCUCCCGCUACAAUCAUGGAUUCUGCCACUGGGAAAUUGCGCGGCGUAAGUUUGAGCAUUUAUUAUACACUGCCCUCGUUUGGCGCCGCCUUGGGGCCGCUCAUGGGCGGGUUUAUCGUUCAGGCUGGUGGUUGGCGAUGGACACAGUGGACGGCGGUGUUUAUGGCUGUGGGAUUUUACAUACCCGUGUGCUUUACGCCAGAGACGUAUAAAAAGGUCAUCUUGAGAAGACGUGCUAUUCGACUUGGUCUGGAUACGUCUUCACAGAGGACUUCGCCUGGUCGCGCGUUUCGGUAUUUUGCCACGGUGCUGAUUCAACGCCCGUUGCACAUGCUCUUCACAGAGCCUAUUGUCACGGCAAUUAGUUUGUAUAAUGGCUUCUUGUAUGGUUUGCUGUAUACAUUUGUCAUUGCCGUGCCUUGGAUCUUCCGCGAAUAUUAUGGAUUCGACAAGACGGGCGAGUCGUUGUCGUUCUUGGGCCUCAUGAUUGGCACACUGCUUGCUUCGACGCCCCUGGUUCUCAUCGAUCUGAAAUACUAUCAGAAGCGAUUGGCUCAAUGGCGGGCUACACAUCCCCCAGAUGACGAUGGUGUGGAGGAGCCUCUGCCUUCAGAACACCGGCUCAUCGGCGCCAUGAUUGGCAGUCUCCUCUUACCAACCAGUUUGUUCAUAACCGCAUGGACAGCCCAGAAUAGAGUGCAUUGGAUCGUGCCCAUCAUCUUUCAGGGUUGCGUGAUGCUCAGUUCUCUGCUGAUUUAUGCCAGCGCCACCAUGUUCAUGCUGGACGCUUAUGGGCCGAUGUAUGCAGCGUCUGCGUCGGGGGCCAUGAUGAUGAGUCGUUAUCUGCUUAGUACUGCGUUUCCUCUGUUUGCGUUGCAAAUGUAUAAAGCUCUUGGUGUGGGGUGGGCAACGAGUUUGCUGGGUUUUAUUACCGUCACGAUGGCGCCAAUUCCUUGGUGUUUUUGGGUGUUUGGCGAGAAAAUUAGAAGACGGAGCAAGUACGAGACGAGCACAUAG